AUGGAUUCUGCAAGCUCACACUUGGAUAAUGAGGGCGAAGUUGAACCUAUGUAUACAUAUAUUCCAAAUGACGAUGCUUUAACCCACCAAGAUGGCCCUGAAAAUGAUGUGGGUGAAACAAUUGCUGAACCACCUGAACCAUUGACAUCUAGUUCGGAUGAAGAGUUAAACAAUGAGGAAGACAAUGUUGUAUUAUUGAAGAUGAUCGAUGGGGAUGAAAAAGUUGAAGAACCUAAACCGUCAAUGACAUUUACUUCAAUAGAGGAAGUGAGAACAUAUUAUAGGAAGUUUGCUAAGCAGGCUGGUUUUGGUGUGCUAACAAGAACCACGAAAAAAGUGCAGGGUGAACAAAGAUACCUAAUCCUUACAUGUAGUCGUGGACGCCUACAACAAACUAGCACAAGUAAGAGUUCGAAGCCAAUUCCAACAACUAAUAGAACGGGGUGUCGUGCUAGGAUUUGUGCGUCGAAAUGUAAUGAUGGAACGUGGUUUUUGAGGAAAGUUGUGCUUGAGCAUAAUCAUCAAUUAAGCCCGGGCAAAGCAAGAUUUUUUAGAUGCAAUAAGAUUAUAAAUGAUGCUACCAAAAGAAGACUCGAGCUAAAUGAUAGAGCAGGAAUACGUUUGACUAAGAAUUUUAAUUCAUUGGUUGUCGAGAAUGGGGGGUUUGAGAGCCUUUCCUUUGGAGAGAGAGAUUGUAGAAAUUUUAUUAACAAGGCAAGAGAGCUUCGGCUUGGUAAAGGAGGUGCUCAGACACUUUGUGAUUAUUUCAGUCGAAUGCAAAAGAAGAACAAUGGCUUCUAUUAUGUGAUGGAGAUGGAUGAUGAUUGUAGGUUGCAAAAUGUUUUUUGGGCUGAUGCACGAAGUCGGGCAGCAUAUGAAUUUUUCGGUGAUGUUGUUACAUUUGACACGACAUAUUUGACCAAUAGAUAUGACAUGCCAUUUGCUCCUUUUGUAGGAGUGAAUCAUCAUGGUCAGUCUAUACUUUUAGGAGCAGGACUAAUAUCAAGCGAGGAUACAGACACAUUUGUGUGGUUGUUUAAAUCUUGGUUGGAGUGCAUGAACGGCCAAGCCCCAAAAGCAAUUAUAACUGAUCAGGAUAGGGCUAUGAAAAAUGCUAUAGCAAUAGUUUUCCCUGAAACGCGACAUAGAUAUUGUCUAUGGCACAUUAUGAGAAAACUUCCUGAAAAGUUUGGAGCACAUGCUAAUUUCGAUGGCAUUAAGAGUGCCCUAGAUACUUGUUUGUAUGAUUCCCAAACUUGUGAAGAAUACGAGACAAAUUGGAAAAAUCUACUAGAGAGUUAUGAUCUUUAUGAUAAUGCAUGGCUACGUGGGUUAUAUAGUGAGAAGACAUUUUGGGUGCCGGCAUACAUGAAAGAUACAUUUUGGGCGGGAAUGAGUACGACGCAGCGAAGUGAAAGUAUGAAUUCAUUUUUUGAUCAUUAUGUGCACUCACAGACCACUUUGAAAGAAUUUGUUGAUCAAUUUGAUAGUGGUUUAAGGAGAAUGGUCGAGAAUGAGAAAAAGGCUGAUUUUGAUUCUUUUAAUCGCACGAUCCCAUGUUUAAGCCUUUUAUCUUUUGAGAAGCAAUUUCAAGAUGUUUACACAAAUGCAAAAUUCAAAGAAGUUCAUGAGCAGUUUGGGAGAGUUAUGUACUAUAAUAAUAAGGUGCUUAAAAGUGAAGGUGCGAUAUCUACCUAUGAAGUUAUUGAAUAUGUUGUUGUUUUUGGAAACCAGAUAGAAAAAACAUUUGUUGUUUACUUUAAUGAAGAUGAAUUGGAAGUGAAGUGCACAUGUGCAUUGUUUGAAUUAAGAGGCAUCUUGUGUAGGCAUUCUAUUUCUGUGUUAAUGACAAAGAAUGUGAAAACAUUGCCAUCAAGAUAUAUUCUUGAUAGGUGGAGGAAGGAUAUAAAGCGAGAAUACUCUAUGCUCAAGAGUAGUUAUGAUGAUUUUGAUGAUACUCCUAAUGCUCAAAUAUAUGACAAGCUGAGACAGAAUUUUGAAGGAGUGUUGUCGCUCACAUCAGGAAACGUGGUACGUUGCAUGGAUUUGAUGAAUGAUGUUGAUAAGUUAAGAGAGAAGUAUAGUGCCUUAAAGCUCGCGCCAAGUCCCUCUUCCCAUCACAUUUCAGUUGUCGCAUCUUAUAGCUGUAAUGAAGUUGAUCAAAGUAAUAAUAAGGUGCUUAGUCCUAUUAAGGUUCAGCGUAAAGGAAGGCCACCGUCAACGAGAAAAGUGUCCAUUAUAGAAAAAGUGGCCAAGAAAGUACCUACCGUAGAACAAACAGCUAAGAAGGCCAAAGCAUCAAAGAAGCCACCGAGUGACAACAAUGCGAAACAGAAGAGACGAAAAAAUCAGAAGUGGUUGAAUUGA